AUUGGCCGAGAGAGACGUCUCUCCGGGGCGGGGGGGAUUAUCCGUGUCCGGGUAGGUCGGUGACGGUCUGCAGCGCUGAGCCGAGCCCCGAGGGGAAGCCGAGCAUUCAAAACCGCCCAGGGAAGACGCACCGCGUGAGCGGGGCCAGUUUUAUCUUCUCAAAUCUUCUCUGCUGCCUCCCGCCCUCCUCCCCUCCUCGUCACCGGUCGACUCCACGAUGCAGCGCCGGUUUACCUGAGCAAGUGUUUUUUUUUCCCCCCUUCUUCUUCUUUCUCCCUCCCACCCGAACGACGCGGACCCGGCGGUGACUUUUUUUCUUUCUAAAUUUAAUGUAAUUGAAUUCCGCGCAGGACCGCUGCUGCCACCCCGAAGGAAACAGCGGGACUCCGUUUGCUGUGCGGCAAAGAGAGGAGCGCGGUUAUGUAGGCGGGCAUCGCUCUCGGAGACAUCUGCGCCCGCUUGUUUACAUGUUGUAAUUGGAUUUUCCAUCAGCAGCAGCAGCAGCAGUAGAUCAGGGAUCUCCUCCGUCCUCCCUCCUCUUGUUCCUCCUCCUCCCGUUUGGAGCUUCCUUUUUUUAGAACAUUUUUUUGGCCGGGUUGAAGAAGAAGUAGAAGAUGGGGCUACCUGCUCUGGAGUUCAGUGACUGCUACCUGGACAGCCCGCAGUUCAGGGAGAGACUCAAGUCCCACGAGCUGGAGCUGGACAAGACCAACAAGUUCAUCAAGGAGCUGAUCAAAGACGGAAAGGCGCUGGUCCAGGCUCUGAAAAGUCUGUCGACAGCCAAGAGGAAGUUUGCCGACUCUCUCAACGAGUUUAAAUUCCAGUGCAUUGGAGACGCCGAGACGGAUGAUGAGAUAUGCAUCGCCAAGUCGCUCCAGGAGUUCGCUACGGUCCUUCAGAACCUGGAGGACGAGAGGACACGCAUGAUCGAAAAUGCCAACGACGUGCUGAUCACGCCCCUGGAGAGGUUCAGGAAAGAACAGAUCAGUGCAGCCAAGGAAGCCAGGAAAAAGUACGACAAGGAGACUGAGAAGUACUGCGCAGUGCUGGAGAAACACCUCAGCCUUUCGGCUAAAAAGAAGGAGUCCCAUCUGCACGAGGCGGACAACCAGGUCGAUAACGUCCGGCAGCAUUUCUACGAGGUCUCCCUGGAGUACGUCUUCAAGGUGCAGGAGGUCCAAGAGAGGAAGAUGUUUGACUUUGUGGAACCCCUGUUAGCGUUCCUCCAAGGCCUGUUCACCUACUAUCACCACGGCUAUGAGCUGGCAAAGGAUUUCAACCACUUCAAGACUGAUCUCACCAUCAGCAUACAGAAUACGAGGAACCGCUUCGAGAGCACGCGGUCGGAGGUGGAGAGCCUCAUGAGGAAGAUGAAGGAGAAUCCACAUGAACACAAGAGUGUCAGCCAGCACACCAUGGAGGGAUACCUGUUUGUGCAGGAGAAGCGCUCUUUUGUCUCAACCUGGGUGAAGUACUACUGCACCUACCACCGUGAGCCCAAGCGGGUCACCAUGGUCCUGUUUGACCCUAAAUCAGGAGGGAAAACGGGAGAGGAGGACAGCUUCACCCUCAAGUCCUGCACCAGGAGGAAGACGGACUCGAUAGAAAAGAGGUUCUGCUUUGAUGUGGAGGCUCUGGACAGGACGGGGGUGAUCACCAUGCAGGCUCUGUCAGAAGAAGACCGCAGGUUGUGGAUGGAGGCCAUGGAUGGCAGAGAACCGGUAUACAAUCUGAACAGAGACAACCAGGCGGAAGGCUUGGCUCAGCUGGACGUGAUCGGGUUCAACGUGAUGAAAAAGUUUAUUCACGCGGUGGAGACUCGAGGUAUCGAUGAUCAGGGCUUGUACAGGAUUGUUGGCGUCAGCUCCAGAGUACAAAAACUGCUUGGUCUCGCUAUGGGUGAAUAUAGAAAUCCUAAGACAUGUGCUGACGUGGAGCUGGAAAACUCUGAGUGGGAGAUCAAAACUAUCACGAGUGCUAUCAAGCACUAUCUCAGAGUGCUGCCCGGGCCUCUCAUGACGUACCAGUACCAGAGGAGCUUCAUCAAAGCUGCAAAGCUGGACAACCAGGAGGCUCGGGUGACGGAGGUCCACGCGCUGGUGCACCGGCUGCCUGAGAAGAACAGACAGAUGCUGGAGCUGCUGAUGAAACAUCUGGCCACUGUGGCGAGUCAUCACCAUCAGAACCUGAUGACCAUCGCCAAUCUGGGCGUGGUCUUCGGGCCCACUCUGCUCCGCCCGCAGGAGGAGACGGUCGCAGCCAUCAUGGACAUCAAGUUCCAGAACAUCGUGGUGGAGAUCCUCAUCGAGCACCACGAGAAGAUUUUCAGGGACGUGCCGGCGUCGGCGGGCGGCCCCACCAGCCUGCAGCCCAACCAGUCCAGGCGGAGAAGCACCGACAGCAAGGCGCCGUCCUGCAGCGAAAGGCCCCUCACGCUUUUCCACACGCCAACACAUUCCCAGAAAGGUGAAAAGAGGAACAGCGCUGAACCGCCGCCACCGGUUCCCUCGUCCGCCAACUGCAACAGCAGCAGCAACAGCAGCAGCAGCGGCGGCAGCGGCCAGAGCCAAGGCCGGACCCCGAGACACAGCCUGACCAGCAACGACGGGGAGCCUGACACGCGGGCCAUCCGGCCCAGCUCACUGCUGAAUCCGAAGAGUCGUGGCAGCAAACCAACCAGCGCGACGUCCCCCAGCCCCACCUCCCCACGCUCCCCCUCCUGGCCCAUGUUCUCCGCCCCGUCCAGUCCGGGGCCGACGUCCUCCGCCUCCAGCGACUCCUCCCCCGUCAGCAUUGCGGGCAGGAAGGCUCGAGCCCUCUACGCCUGCAAGGCCGAGCAUAACUCCGAGCUGUCCUUCAUCGCUGGGACCAUCUUUGAAAACGUUCAUGGCUCCCGGGAGCCCGGCUGGCUGGAAGGGACUCUGGACGGCCGGACGGGAUUGAUACCAAAAAACUAUGUUGAGUUUUUGUAGUUCAGGGCCCCAAAAAAGACUGGAUUAAUGUUGGCUGGAGUUGACAAAACUGGACGAUGGAUUUGACUGCACAGGACUGAACCACCUAUUAGAUGUUAUAUUAUGGAGGACUGGACCGCUGAGGCCUCGCACGUCCUGGAAAAGGGAUGAAGCAGAAAGAUGUGGAAGGGACACGACGCCAGGACCAAAGGAGAAACCCGUGAAUUGCACUGGAGAGAAAGCAGAAGAAAAGAUGAGUCCCAGGAUGUUUUGGCUGAAGGUCAUAAACCUUCUAAUUUCUCAGCAGGCCAUUGGGAGAGACUCUCACGUAGAAAUGAGUGGAUGUUUCUGGGAUGUAAAGGCUUUUCAGCUCUUGCUUUAUUACUUUCAAACUGCACUGCCGUUGCUUCAGAAUCCAGACUUCUCAUCUGAAGGGAAUAGAAAAGCUUCUUGUGGGGGCAAAACGAGGGGAAUAGCUUAAAAAGCAAGUGGCCUUUUUCUUUGGACUUGCUGUAAUCCGUGUGAAUGGUUGCGGUUUACCAUUGAGGAACCUUUCUGUUGAUGCCGAUUUCACUGAUUUGGCUUUUGGUUAAAGGCUGUAAAUGUGUUUUGCCGCGGAGGUCCGGUUACCCGGCUCAUGUUUCAGAGCACUUCUUCAGCAGCAGGAGCCCCGGGGCAGACCGGCACAGGAGGAGCUACCUAGAAGACCCUCGGCCUAAAGGUCAGCGGCGGGUUUAUCCUUCCCCCAAAAAACGAGACAAAUUACAAAACAAGCGCUAUCUGAUCUGAUUUGGGGUUGAGUCGUGUUUGCAUCAUUUCAGGAUGUUUUGAAGUGUUUUUUAAAUAAGAAUACACAUGAUCAUAUUUUAAACAGCCUGCACAUUGAUUAAUUUACUUCACUGUAGAUUAUUUCAUUUUAGACAGAAUGCAUUAAGCAAACAAGCUAAAAAUAGAAAAACAUUCGCCACGUACGUCACGGGUCUUUUUAUUUUUCAUGCAGAACCGCAGGACAAUACUAAUAAUGUAAUUAUCUCACAUUGACAUUUACAAAGCUCCUUUAUGAGGAAAGGAAAUGCAAAUGUGCUUUGCAGAGAAGUUUUGCCGUUUGAAGAAAGAAAAGAUUCCUUUUUCAGGAUUGCUCGUAUGUACAUGCGCGCUGGUCUGCUUUGGGGCUCAUUCCAUUAAUCAAAGCCGAACCUUUUACUUAAACCCCUCGGCGAUAAUCUGCAUCAAAGCUUUUGGUUGUUGUUUCCUUCAGAGGACGGAGCAUCGAAAGUGUUUCAACAGGAAAAAAAAAAAGAAAAAAAACUUAAAUGUGAAUUGACUACUUUGUUCAUAUUUGAACUUCUUAUUUAUGAGAGUUUCUUAAAGACUCGAUCUUGAACUGUAUUCAUUUUGAGGUGUUGUCAUUGUAAAGAGAUACAAAGCAUUUGAUAAGGUAUAAUGUUUUUUUUUUUUUUUUAAUUAUGAAAUUUUAUAUUUUGUAUUUUUAGGAUACUAACUUAAUUUCUUAAUUUUUUUUCUGUGUCGUCCAGAUAUUUUGUACCAUUUAAGUCUAUCAACAGCCUUAAGUAUUCCUUCAGAUGUUUUGGUGAAUUGAUAAGAUUGUGCAUAAUAAAGAUUAAUGUUCAAAAGCUGCA